AGCAAUGGCAGACUCCUGGGAAGACCAUCAGGAGGAGAAGGUGGUCUACAAGCCCGCCGCCCUCAAUCCUUCUGCGGCGUCCUUCUCGUUCAGCCCUGGCGCGUCAUCCUUCACCCCAAACUUCGCGCCUCAAGCCGCAGCAGCAGCGCCGGCCCCGCCCCCAGCAGCCCCGGCACCACCACCAGCGCCUCCCCCGGCACCCGUGCAGCCAGCUGCACCAGCGCCGCCCCCACCAGCCCCGGAACCUGAACCCGCACCGGAGGCCAGCGGGGGAGCGGCAGAUGGCGCAGCAGACAAGCCGGCGGCAGUAGCUGCCGCCGCGCCCCCGGCCCCAGCAGCAGCAGCGCCGGCCCCUGUGGAGGCAGUCGCCAAGGAGGUGAAGAAGAUGAGCGUGGCGAGCGGCGGCGACGGCGAUGUGCUGCAGGAGACGGACGCGCAGCGCGAGGCGCGGCACGCCCAGGUGAAGCAGACGGUGGCGGAGAUGAACACAGAAGACCCGCGCGAGCACCUCAACAUCGUGUUCAUCGGCCACGUGGAUGCGGGCAAGUCGACCACGGCGGGGCAGAUCCUGUUCCUGACGGGCGGCGUGGACGACCGCACGAUUGAGAAGUAUGAGCGGGAGGCCAAGGAGAAGAACCGGGAGAGCUGGUACAUGGCUUACAUCAUGGACACAAACGAGGAGGAGCGGGCCAAGGGCAAGACUGUGGAGGUGGGCCGCGCCUACUUUGAGACCCCCAAGAAGCGGUACACCGUGCUGGACGCCCCCGGCCACAAGUCGUUUGUGCCAAACAUGAUUGGCGGCGCCAGCCAGGCCGACAUCGGCGUGCUGAUCAUCUCCGCCCGCAAGGGCGAGUUUGAGACGGGCUUCGAGCGGGGCGGGCAGACGCGCGAGCACGCGCAGCUGGCCAAGACGCUGGGCGUGACCAAGCUGGUGGUUGCCAUCAACAAGAUGGAUGACCACAGCGUGCUAGAGGAGGGCGGCAAGUCCAAGGAGCGGUUUGACGAGAUCGAGGGCAAGCUCACCCCCUUUCUGCGCGGCUGCGGGUACAACCCUAAGAAGGACCUGCUCUUCAUCCCCAUCUCGGGUCUCAUGGGGACCAACAUGAAGCAGAAGGUGUCGGCGGACGUGUGCAGCUGGUACAGCGGCCCCUGCCUGUUUGACCUGCUGGACAACAUUGAGGCCGCGGGGCGCGACCCCUUUGCACCCUUCCGCAUGCCCAUCAUGGACCGAUACAAGGACAUGGGCACCGUGGUGAUGGGCAAGAGCGAAGCGGGCGUGGUGAAGAAGGGGGACACGCUCAUGGUCAUGCCCAACAAGGUGCCUGUCAAGGUGCUGACUGUGUAUCGCGAUGAGCAGGAGGUGAAUGCGGCGCGGCCCGGGGAGAACUUGCGGCUGAGGCUGCAGGGCAUCGAGGAGGAAGACAUAUCGGCAGGCAACCGGUUCAGCCCCGUGCCGGCGGUGACCCAGUUUGAGGCGCAGGUGGUGAUCAUGGAGCUGCUGGAUCACAAGCCAAUCCUGACGGGAGGCUACAAGGCGGUGCUGCACAUCCACUCCGUCGUGGAGGAGUGUGAGGUGACCAAGCUGGUGGCGGUGAUUGACCCCAAGACCAAGGAGAAGAAGAAGGCCAAGUUUGCCAAGAGCGGCGCCAUGUGUGUGGCCCGCAUCGCCGUGGAGAAGCCCAUCUGCAUCGAGACGUUUGACCACGUGCCGCAGCUGGGGCGCUUCACGCUGCGCGACGAGGGCAAGACAAUAGCCAUCGGCAAAGUG